GGCAGAUUUCCCUUUGCGAGCUUUGUUCCAGCACAAGCCAGGGGUCAUAUCAAAGGAUACCCCUUUGAUAUCAAAGCCCCCCCACCUAGCAGAAAACCCCCAGCUCCUUCCUUGGGAAAGGUGAAGACUGAGCACCAGGGCUGCUGGCUGUUCCUAGCCAGGCUUGCUGCCUGCCUCAGGAUUGACAGCGAUUAAACAGUCAUUAAACCCACACAAGCAGAGCGAAGGCCAAACAAAUCCCACCACCCAUGCAGAUGGGAGAGAAAACACAGCUGGAAACCCGAUCAGAACCUUUCAGGGAGGUGUACAGGCUUUCCUGCCAAGGCUGGACGGUUUUAGCUGGGAAUGCUGCCUCCCUUCCUCCCUCCCAGCUGCCCCGUUUCCGGCACAUGGCCGGCUCCACUCCCCCAUCCUCAGAGCCCUCCUGCGGCAUCAAACCCCCGUCUCCAGCCCAGGGCUUCUCCCUUCCCCUCACUGAAGCCCGGGUGGCUGUUGGCAGGGGCCAGCCCAGCUCGGAGCAGGCAAGCAGAGCACAUCCCGCAAAAGCAGCGCAGGAGAUCUUUGCGGAAGAGAUCGCAGGGAGAGCUGCGUGGGGACACACUCCCGAGCCGGCUGGCAUGGCAGCCCCCGGCCUCCAUCCCAGGCAGCUGCAAGGCGGCGGACACUCACCUUGACCAGACAGAAGGAGAAGCCAAGAAAGCAGCCCCAGAGCAUGUCAGCACCCAGAAAUCCCCUGGCACCGAGCACAGGAAGGUUCCCUGCUGCAAGUGGGUCACAUCACCCGUAACACAGCCUGGGAGAGCCGAGCGCCAGCACAGGCACAGCGAGCAGCAAUUCAGAUCAAGACACAGCAAGGAAUUACUGGCUACUCUGGUUAAAGUGAAAAAAAUACAGCUCCAGAUGGGCAAAAUCUGGCAGCUGAGGUGUGGGGAGUUGCCUCAAUACCCAGCGUCUGCCCUGCAGAUAGCUGUUCUCCACCUCUGCUGGUCAUCCACAAGUAGUGGGUUGUCUUCACGAGCUCAGCAAGGAUGCUGCAGACCUUCCCGUGGCUUGAGACUGCAGCAGUUGAACUCAGCUGGUUGAUGAUCUGGCUUAUUAAACAGUUUCACAGUAUUGUUUUCAGGCUUCCCAUGUACUUUAACACACAUUACAUAUAUUUUCUUCCCACUGUCUUUCUGAGCUUGUAAGAAAAUUCUCAUUUUCUUUAUUCUCCAUCAUGCUUCCUAUCCCCCUUUCUCCAGUCAUACCACCAGUAUUUUAUUUCUUUAUUAACAUAAUCACUAUCCACAAAGACAUGCAAUGGGUUCCGCUUGGAGAGUUUGUCUCUUAGUAAUGUCUAUAAUAGCCUGUACUCUAUUUGGAGUGAUUUUUUUUUUUUUAACGGUUUCCCCACUACUUGCUCUUCUGCUCUAUUAAUAGCAGCAGAGGACUAUUUUUAGCUUGCUUCUAUCUGGUGCUCUCAUCGAUGAACUGUACCUUUGGUUUAUUGCUAGGUUCUUUAAAAAGAACCCCUGCUCCCAGACCCAAUAAUUACAAUUGAGUUUGUUCUCAACAGUGCAGUCUGCACCUUGUUGGGUUAGAGCAGGAGCAAGAUAAUCUGCUCCUUGUAAGGUUUGUACAGCACCUUCCUAUCCAUUAACAUCAGUGCCUGGUGGGAUUCAUGUAGAUGAUACUCUGCUGCUGAAUUUCCCUAAAACCUGAGAGGGGUGUGAGUAGGUGGGACUGUGAGGGUGGAAGCCCUAAAGACCAGCCCAGCCCAGGCUGCUGUGGAGUUUUUGUGUCCAGCCCCUGAAGGAGACACAGUUCACAUGCUGCUGGUACCCACUGUGCUUUUCUGCUCUCUUCGAACUGAAAUUCCUGUUGAAAGGUGUUCUCCUUGUGCUGGGCAUUUUAGUGCUGGGGCUUUUAGAGCAGCUUUUUUCCACUUGAGUUAGGGCAUCAUCAUGUCCUGAGUCCACUUCCACUCUGGAGUCUUAAUCAAUGAUUCCCACAACAGUCUGCAGAUACCAGCACAGUUACGGAUGUGCUGCUGUCAGAAAUUAAAUCCUUCUAACAGUGUUCUCAGCUGGGAUGGGCCACAAAAAACCCCUUUCUUCCAUGCAAAGCUUUAACCACACUUGUACCUAUUGGUCUUCCUGACUUGCCAAUUGUAAUUCCCAGUAGUUAUCCUCAGCUUGCACUAAUGGUGCCUACUUCAAAUUGACUGCAAAACCUGUUUGAUCUCACUAAUUUUAAAACUUGGACACCUCUCGCCUCUUCAGUAGCUCCAGUCGCUGGAGUAUCAUCCACACAAGAUGUUUUUUCUUUAUCCCCUGGAGACAAUAGUUUGAACAGGUUUCUGACAUGAGCCUGUGCCCACAGGUGUGUUGUGAAGCUCUGCAGUACCUGGGCAAGGGUUUAUUCCUUUUCUCCAAGUGCAAAAGCAAAUCUGAAAACAAAUUCUUCAGUAAACAGGAAGGCAAAGAAAUGGUUGGAUCUAUGUCAGGAACCACUUGUUUUCUGGUAACUUAGCAAUAAUCACUGGCAUGUCUGCUAAACUACGAGCUGUUCUCAUGGGGAAUGCAUUUAUUUGGCAGUACUCCACUGGCAUUUGCCAGGGUUUUCCAUCAGCCUUUCUAACAGGCUGCAGUAGAAAAUUAUAAGGGUUUGUAAUUUCUCAGAAAGGCUUUGUUUAAAAUAACCCUUAAUGAUUUCACUCAGAGCAGUCUCAGCUUCAUUAGGAUAUGAGUAUUUGUACGGGGGACUGGGAAGUCCCACUAGUUCAGCUGGUGCAAUGGGUUUUACACAGUGGGGUUUUCUACCAACCUCCUGGGGUGGUUCUUGCCAUCAUUCUUUAUCUGCCUCCAUCAAAGCUUCUAUCUGUCAUUUCACCCUUUAUAACCACCUUUGUCUGGUUUCUGUAUUACAGACACAAAAAUCUCACCAUAAUAAUCUAAUAAGAGCCCACAGUCCAUCCUCCAAUCGCUUUCUAAAGUAAAGGGAUCUUCAUUGCUGUGUCAAAAGCCUGCUGGUACCUUCAGAUCUCCUGGGUACAGCCCCAGGCAGCCCCCAGGGCCCCCAUGUGUUUGGCACACAGACUUCUAUUUGUGCAGGCAGUGCUGGGUCGAAGCCAAUCUCCUUAAGGAUGACUUUGGUCACCUAGGGGGUGGCAGAGGCGCAAGAGCAUCACCAUGUCCUGCCACGGCUCCUCUCAGCUGCAGCAUCACUCCUUCCAGCAAGUCCCAUCUUUCCUUCCCAUCCCAUUUUGUCAUAUCUCCUCGUAAAUCCUUUAAUGGUCUCCAGAGCCCUUAACACCUUUGAUCCAUUUUUAUCCUGAUGCACUACCCCUGCCACCACCAUUUCCCAAAUAUUCCCUACUCCUCUGCUCUGGUGUCUACGCCCCUCACUACUGAAAGCUACAGGUGCUGCUUGGCCCAUGUUAAAUUUUCCCAUUUUCUCCUGAACCCAGACCAUAAUUACUAGCACCACUCCAUUUGAUUGCUACCAGGUGAGCCCAGGGAGGCUUCCCUGCAUUUGGGCACCAAAUUCCAGUGAUCCAUCGCCAGAGCUGCCUUGUGCCUCACCAGCAAAGGACAGGUGGGAUGGAAAGCUUAGCAAUUCUGUAUUGAUUCAGGAAAAUCUUCUCCAUCUUCUCCCAGUUUCUGGAUCCCUUUUUAUGCUGCUGGUUUCUUACCUAUCUGCUGAGCAAUCUAACAACAUGCUCAAUCAAGAAGGGCAUAUACUGGUCCCUUAGUACAUGUUGGAGCAAAAGCUGGUGUAGCACAAGCUCUAAGCACUGAGCUAUUUCAUUUUUAUUCCAUCCAAAGCUUGAAACAUUUCUGGAAAUGCCACGCUCAGUCCACAACUGCGCUUUAUUUUUGCAGUCCCACAGGCUCUGGGAUAGCUGUUACACUGGGACAGCGACUGCUGUUCCCAGCUCCUUUUUCCUUUCCCUUUCAUACAUUUCACCCCAAUAAUCCUCUGACAGGUCCCAGUCUAAUUCUCAAUUUCCUGCAGCUAUUUUUAAUUUCUCUAUCCUACUCUGCUUUUGCAAGCAUCUAAAUUUAGCUUCACGUUGCCUGUGAUGGGGUUCCCUUGGAUGUCCCCCUCGCUCCAGGGUGAAAGCUGCAGCAGGCAGUAAUCCCUGCAGGAAACUGCAGCUUCCCUCUGAUUUCCUGAAUUUACAGGAAACUAAUUCCAGCCGGAUCUGCUCAAAGAGAGCUGCAGGAUGGUACUUUUCUCCUAAAGACACAGAAGACUUGAACUGAGGAGGAGGAGAGUAAUAUCAGAAAUGAGGAGUCUCGAAGAGGGAGGAGGAAAAGGUUCCGUGACUUUUCUUACCAGUAAAAGGUGACAUCCCUUGAUGGCAGGGGAAGAGCGUGCACUAGCCGUCCUCUUACAAGCACUGCAAGGUCUCACACUUAAAGACUUUCAGGAAUUUAAGACCAAGUUAUUGGAGGUUCACGUAGAAGGAGUAUGGAAUAUCCCCAAGGAUUCACUGGCAAAGGCCACCCAUCCGUGUGCGCUUGUCAGCUGCAUGGGCAAGAACUACAGCGAAGAUGCCAUGAUGGACAUAGUGAUUGGGUUGUUUGAAGAGAUGAACCAGAGAGACCUCGCUGAGAAACUCCUGGAUGAGAAAGUGAAAGAGUACAAGCGGAAAUACAGAGAACAUGUGGUCCAGGCGUUCCUCUGGUACAAAGAAGUGAACUCCUGUCUUGGGCAGAAUCUCUCUGUCAGCAGCCGCUAUACCGCCCUGACCAUUGCCAGGAAGCCUCGGAGCGAUCGUGGAGGCGAGCGUGAAGCUGUGGGUGCAGGCCGUGGAUGUGCCAACACCAGCAACGGACCAGCCACCAUCACUGUCACUGCCCAGACGCUGUUUAAACCCGAUGAAGAUGGGCAAACGCCACAGGUCGUGGUGCUGGUAGGCGCCCCGGGGAUGGGGAAAACAAUGAUGGUCAGGAAGGUGAUGGUGGAGUGGGCGGAAGAGACCGUCUAUACACAGUUUGACUACAUCUUCUGCAUAGACUGUAAAGACAUUGCCUUUACCAAGGAAGCCAGCAUGGGAGACCUGGUUUCAAAGUGCUGCCCUCACAGCCGAAUGCCAGUUCAGAAGAUCAUGGAUGACCAGAAGAUCCUGUUCAUUUUUGAUGGUUUUGAGGCACUGGAAUUUCCCUUGGUUCGGCCCGAAGAUGAGCUGACCUCUGACCCCAUGGAAGUGAAGCCACUGGAAACCACCCUCAUGAGCCUGUUGAAGAAGACUGUUCUUCCCGAGUCCUCCUUGCUCAUCACCACAAGGCCAACAGGUCUUCAAAGCCUGGGACAGUGCCUGGAUGGUGAGUAUUAUGCAGAAAUACUGGGAUUUUCAGCAGCCAUGAGGGAAGAAUAUUUCCACAGGUAUUUUGAGAACAAUGAUAAAGCCAAUGUGGCCUUCAGAUUUGCCAGAGGCAACAAGAUCCUCUACAGCUUGUGUGUCAUCCCUGUCAUGAGCUGGACCGUCUGUACCAUCCUUAAACAAGAGCUUUACAAGAAGAAAAACUUUAUUGAGUGCUCUAAAGCCACCACAUGGAUGAGCAUGUUUUACCUCUCCCAGUUAAUGAAGUGCAGAAGCAGUGAUAACCCACAGGACCUCCAGCGGUUCCUACACAAGCUUUGUUCCUUGGCUGCCAAUGGCAUCUGGAAGCACAAGGUCUUCUUUGAGGAGAAGGAGAUCAAGGACUGUGGCUUGGACCAGCCAGACCUUCUCCCCCUCUUCCUCAACGAGAAGAUAUCAAAGAAAGGUGUAGAACAUGGGAACGUCUACAGCUUCACCCACCUGCACCUCCAGGAGUUUUUUGCGGCGAUGUUUUACGUUCUGGAGGACGGUAAGGAAAUUGUCAGUGACUCAGGGGCUCUCACGAAGGACGUAAAUAUGUUGUUGGAAAGCUAUAGCAAUUCCAGGAAGGAUUUGAACUUAACAGUGCGGUUCCUGUUUGGUCUGGUAAGCCAAAAAUCAAUAGAGUACAUGGACAAAAUCACUGGGUGUAGAAUUUCACCACGAGCCAAGGAAGACAUGCUGAGGUGGCUCCAGGGGAUGCACAGAAGCAGCUCCUGUCCCAGCCAAGAGCUGAAGGUUUCGGAGUUGGACACUUUCCACUUUUUGUUUGAGAUGAACGAGAAUAGCUUUGUGCAAAGUGCAUUGGAUCGUUUCACAGACAUAGACUUACAGGACAUCAAGUUGACACUGUAUGACCAAAUGGCUCUUUCCUUCUGCAUCAGGCAGUGGGCUGGGCUGAGCUGCAUCACACUCCGGGGAUGCUCCUUCGACCAGCAGGAUCCCAAGGAGGAGCUGGCCACAGCUGUCCCUUGCUCCAGUGCCGCAGGAGCCGAAGGAUGUCCCUGUCCCCUCGCUGAGGAGCUGCACUCCCCCAUCCACCUGCUCUGCCAGGCACUGCAGCACCCGGGCACCAACCUGCAGGCGCUCCGGCUGCGCUGGUGCGGGCUGUCGGAGAGCUGCUGCGCGGAGCUGGCGGCGCUGGUGGCCAAACACCCCAGCCUGGCCCGGCUGGAGCUGGGCGACAGCACGCUGGGCGACGGCGGUGUGCGCCUGCUCUGCAGGGGGCUGCAGCAGCCUGGCUGCCGCCUGCACGUCCUGCGGCUGUGGUACUCCCGCCUCACCAGCGCCUGCUGCCAGGACCUCGCCACCGUGCUGGGCACAAGCCCGCAACUGGAGGAGCUGGAUUUAUCCUUCAGUGAGGGGCUGCAUGAUGCCGGUGUGCAGCUGCUGUGUGAGGGGCUCCGGCAUCGUUCCUGCCGGCUGCGGACACUGCGGUUGGGGAGCUGCCGGCUGACGGGUGCCUGCUGCCGAGCCCUGGCUGCUGGGCUGGUGGAGAGCCCCGGCCUUGCCUGCCUGGACCUGAGUGACAAUGAGUUGGGAGCCGAUGGCGUCCUGCAGCUCUGCCGGCAGCUCCGGCAUCCCGCCUGCCCACUGCGGGCCCUGGGACUGACCACAUCUGGAUUAAACGAGGAAGUGCUGCGGGAGCUGGCCGCAGUCCGGGCACUGAAGCCUGACCUGAAGAUUGGGUACCUCCUCGAGCAGGACAUGCCACAGGUGGGGGCCAUGGCCCGGCUGCCCUUCCACCGCGGGGUCCUGCCAGGUGCGGGGGGGGCAGGGGGCAGGAAGGCACUCCCCUCCUUUAGGAGAGGUCCCCUUCUUGAUCCUUGCAACCACCGGAGCCAUUUCUAG